AUGUCUGCAAAAUUAUUACUUUCCUUAUUGUUCGUAUGCUGCGUCAGCACUAGCUUGGCCAAUGCCCUUUCGGACUUGCAGCCGCUGUUGGACCAACAAUUAAUGGUUAUGCGGCAAAUGGUGAACACAAUGAAUGGUGAGGGGCCCAGCGCGAGAGCAACACUCGUGGAUAUCAAUACUUGUUUCGAUUGGUAUAAGAGCGACCAGGCUGGCAUUACCGAAACAUACGAUACGGAAUAUACAAGAUGUGUGAAUGCAACCACUGAUGCAAAGCGACUGUUGUCGGAGCAAAGUGCACAGGAGCGUAGCGAGCUAAUUGCUAGCGGUCAAGAAGUUUGUGGGGCGCUUAGCGGAUGUGAGUCGCUCGAUGAUGGUUUGGAGUUCUUUAGCUGUUACAAUAAUGCGUCGAGUGUUGAAGCUAGAGAAUUGCUUACAAUUGCUUCGAGUUCGGAAAGAGUUCUCAACAAUUUGACCAUUCUGUAUCAACGCAUCUACGAUGAUGAACGAGUUUGUAAAGCUGAUGCAAGAAAUGUCUACAUUGACAGCCUUUCGACUAGUGCAACGAAUUUGAACAAUUGUUUGCAAGGCACAUGGGUACCACCACAAACAACAAUACCAACUCAGGCAACUCCUGCAACGCAAGCACCAAUUACAACACAGGCACCAAUUACAACACAAGCACCAACUACAACGGAAGCACCAAUUACAACACAAGCACCAAAUACAGCUGAACCUGAGGAUGGACGCCAGGAUCGCUUACCCGAAGAAGAUGUUUACCGUUAUAUGCCAAUGUCGCGUAUGAAUAAAUGGAAUAUUCUAAGGCGUCUGUAGAUGAUGGCGUACUUAAAUGCACGCUCUUGAAAAUGCCAAGUGAGAGCUCAAUUUAAGGCGGUUGUGUCUUGAAAUAAAAAACGAAUUUUUAAUUUAUAUUCGUUUAUAAAUUAAUAAAUGCAUACAUACUUAUGUGUAUCUUUAUAUAUUGAUAUUCAGCAUCGGUGAAUGUAUGCUAUGUUGAAAAAAUCUAACUAAAACCGAAUUUUAAACUAUACUUUAAUCACUUUCAAAGUUAUCAAAAGAAGUCAAAAAUGCCGGAUUAAAACGUUUGCAUGCCACUUAGUUAAUAGUUACUUAUGUAGAU